AUGCCUCAACAUCUUUGGAACGAUGUAGCGGCUUCAAGUUUGAAAGUAAAAGAUUCUGGUGAGUCCCAGACAUUCGGGGAUCGUCUGGAGUCUAUGAUACGCGAUAUCACUCUUUCCGAAGCUCCUCCAGACAUGCCUCUUCCUAUGGUGGAUGAGAGAAAGUCAGAGAUCGUUAAGCAAGCUGAGGAGGUAGAACAAAAGGCAGUACAAAACUAUCUUAGGUAA